CUCUCUCUUUCCACGUAACGUUCACCUGCAGGCUGCAUCUCUCUGUCUCUGUCCGUCUCUCUCCUCUCUUUCGCUAGCUCCGUCGCUCGAUUUAGGCUCUGAAAUGAUCGCAUUCACGGCUACAUAGUGUCUCUGCUGCUUUUUCUACGCAAUGGCUGCGAAUCAGUUCGAAGAGGGAAAAAAAAAUAUCCAGGGCAUUCUGGACGGAAGUGGCAGUGCACCCGUCAGUUGUCCAUGUUUCAAGCUACUAAAGCCCAGUUUUGAUGAGGUCAACCAAAACUGUUCUAUAGAUAUUUUGCCAAUCCUUCUGGAGGAUGCUUCAUUUCCAGAAAGAUUAAAUUGCCCCUCUCACAGUUCACACGGCCAAGAUGUCUACAGCAUUUCAGUGCUGUCUGGUGAAGGCAACAGUCCACAAUGUGCUUCAGAGUUGGCAUUUCUGAGCUUCUUGGAAGUUGCUAAUCCAUCCAAAAAUCAGAUGUGCUUGGAUGCACAAUUGAAUUGUCAGAACUGCAUUGAUUUGAAAACGAAAAGUGUUGAUGCGAUUCCCCCAUGCAUUGUCGAUAUAAAUAUUGAAAAGGAAUAUUCAAAAAAACCUGAAUCCACUGAUGAAGGUGUUGAAAGUUUAAAAGGCGAGGGUGUGCUAACUCAUUUGCAGAGGGUGUUGUGGAGACAGGCAAGCCUUAAAACAGGUGGAAAACUAAUGCAACUUUUGACGAACCAUGGCACUUCAAGAGAUAAAUCAGUGACUGAGAGGGCCCAUGAUACUCCAAAUAAUCGAUGGAGAAGAUAUAAACGUUCUGCCUCAUUCGAUUCAAGGAAGAUCUCCUUCGAUUCAAGAAAGAUCGUUCUCCUAUUUUCAAUCUUGUCAAGUUUGGGAACAUUGGUACUGAUAUAUCUGACGUUGAGAGUGAGGCAGAGCGGUGAUGGUUAUGUUCAUGUCUGAUGGUGGUCUUUGCCUUCUCCGCCUUCCAUUUUCAUGCUUCUACUUGUUUUUAUGAAGUUCUGUUGGGAACUACUGUUGAAAUUCCCUUCAUAAUGUUAAUACAAACAUCUUACCAUGUGCCCUCUGUACAUAAGUAGUGUCUUCCACAUUUCUACUAGAUUUUCUGUAAUAACUAUCAUAAGCUUUACUCAAUCAUCAUGUUUGUGCUAGGUAUCCACUA